UUCAUCACAUUUUCAGAGCAAUUCAGUGCACUCGAUAUGAUUUAUUUCCUAUUCCUUAUAUUUUUAUCGCUGUUUUCCUCCUUCCAAGGAGGGAAGACGCCAUUACGGCGUGCCUCGCCUCCAUUCACGAGUGCUUUAACGAACCGGACCAUGACUGACCAUUCAGAAAGUCUGACUUUUCCGCAGCCGUACCUAAAACUACCCGUGUUCGUCUAUUCCGAGCGACCGCCGCUGGAAAAGCUCCACUUGUACCCGGUCAAAGCUAGCGGCCUCGAGCUUCUACCCAGACCCGUCCGAGAGCGCUUGCUCCCUGGGCCAGCCAAGCCAGCAGACCCGUCGGGUCAUCGCACCGUGAGGACCGCAUGCAAAAUGGACAAAAUGCUCGUCCGAGUGCCCAAGAGCAUCCUCGGUGUUAGCGAAAUAAAUCAGCUCAAACUGGGAUCGUGUCAAGCAACAAAAUCGUCCAAGAAUUAUAUUUAUUUCCUUCAUGGACUCGACCAGUGUGGAACCAAACGACAGAUGAUUAAUGGACAGAUGACCUAUUCGAACACACUGCAGUACAACCCCGAGAUUCACCUUGGCCUAAUAAGGAGAUCCGUGCCCUUUGUGAUGCCCGUUGUCUGCAAUUACACCAGGUAUCAAUAUUCCUACAAAGUUGGCUACCUUCCAAAAAUGCGCAUGCGCCACAUCUUCAAAACAAUGAGGAACAGAGCCAAUUUCAUCCUGACACCACUCAACGCUCGGUGGGAAAGGUUCUCCCCGUCUGAUAAGUACAUCCUGGGUGAGCCCAUGCACUUUGAGGUCGAGGGUCCGUCUGUGCCCCAAGACAUGAGGCUGUACGUCCACUCGUGUUAUGCCACACCCAAUAUGUCGCACACCUCCAAGCCUCAAUUUCCGGUGGUGAAGGAUUUUGGGUGCAUGAUUGAAAGCAAGUACGGUCGCUCCAGAUUCAUCCCAUACAAGAACAACGUUGUCCGAUUUUCCGUGGAUGCUUUCUACUUCCGAGGAAUGACGGACCAACAUCUCUACAUGCACUGCACCAUGUCGGCUGAAAGUGACGUUCCCACUCCCACGGCGAAGACCUGCAACUACGACACAAACUUAGGAAGAUGGGUGGAGCUCCAUGGCUGGGACUGGGUGUGUGCCUGCUGUGACUCCAGCUGUGGCUCUGCUGCCGGUUUGAGCGAAGUAACCACCAGCAGAGGGUGGAAAGUGCAGCCAAGAGGGCAACCCUUCAAAAACCGCAAGAGGAAGCAGCCAUUGUUCUUCUCCACUACCACCACCACCACCACAGCAGCACCUUCCGUGGUGAAGACCACCUUGGAGGUCAUUCAAAGCCCGACCACGCCCCGGCUCCAACCGACAGAGUUAAAGUGGCCGUUUGGCGGGAGAGGAGUGGAGUGGGUAGAGGAGGAGGAGGAUGUCUUGGAAACCCAUCCAGACUUGGACAUCAUCAAACAUUCCCACGAGCCUAAAGUGAAAGGCGUGGAAAAAUCCCCGAUGAAGAUACUGACGCUGAAGACUAACCGAGAGGCGACGAAGCCUGAAGCGAUGGGUAAGGUGGCAGACUGGGAGUGGGAGGACGAGGAGAUGGUCAAGAAGGGUUCCGCUGCGGUGGAGGUCGUCAAAGAACCUCGCCGAACCUUUGAAGAUAUCUUUGAGUUUGACCAAUAAAGCCCAACGCCGCAACCACAGGAGUCUCGUUGUUAGCUACAGGGAACAUUUAUUAACAUGAGUAAAUGACGCCUUGCUACAUAACGGAAGAUUCUGUACAAUUUCUUUUACAAAAGUCUUGCAAGUCAAGUUUCCGCCGCCAGCUAUCAAACAAGUUCUUUGCAGUGGAUUGAAAAAGUCGACACACCCCUGUUCAAAGCCAGUUUCAUUUUUGGGGGAAAAAAAAAAGAUGAGACCUAGAUGGAUGACCUAUAAAAGCUAAUUGACAAAAAUAUCUUAGGGGAAGCAAACAUCUACAGCUGAUAGAAUGCAGUUGCACAAGUGUGCACACCCUCUUCUACCUGUUGUCUUAAGUAAUAACCAGUCACAUAUUAAAUGGGACUCAAUGCACACCUGUCACAAUUUAAGGUGCCCCUGAUCAACAACAAAUUCAAAUGAAAUGUUGUGCCUUUUAUCAGAAAGUAAAUAAAUGUGUGUCUGGAGAGAAAGCUCAAAUUCAUUCGGUGUUGAUCGGAGCCACUUGGUGGCACUCCUAUUUAACUUGAAUGGGAUUAAUCCUCACCUCAUCCACGUAGCACUUUUCAGAGGUACAUUAGAUCAGUAGUUCAUUUUUACUUCCCUUCUUUUUAACAAACUUAAAAGUGGAAAAAGUUUUGAAAUGAAUGAUCUCGCUUGCUUUGGAUGUGUCGACUUUUUCUAUCCGCUCUACUCGGAGAAGAGAAACUUGGUUCCAUAAUUGAAUACAGUAAAUACAGCGUGUCAUCAGUAUAUUCAUAAUAUCCCAGGAAGAGUAUACAGGCGUCCGUUUGUCCCUCGUGUCCGUCCGUCCGUCCAACCUACUUUCCAGCAAGAAUGCCCGUUUCCGAACAAAACUCAUCUUCCCCUUUUUGGAACGUGUGCGCCCUCAGUAAUAUGAGCUCAGGUGGGAAUGGGUGGCGGGAUGUCUGUUCAUGGCCGCCCCGGGGUAGAUGGGGCUGCUGGGCGAGUUCCAAUAUGUGGA